ACAGAAUCAGGAAGAGAGCUCAGAUCAACAGUGUCUUUCUUUCUCUUGGCCUUGGUGCCUGGUUGCACUAAUCACAGCUGGGCACUGUCCCUUGCUGGCACUGCCCCUCAGUAGAGACCCUGCCUGUGGUCACUGUAGCCCACUCUCUAGGCCAGGCCUGAGGAUGGAUGUUUUGGAGACCUCCAACUUGCUGGAUGAGGAACUGUAUUCACGGCAGCUAUAUGUGCUGGGUGCGGCGGCCAUGCAGAGGAUCCAGGGAGCCAAGGUGCUGCUUUCAGGCCUCCAGGGUCUGGGGGCUGAGGUGGCCAAGAACCUGGUGCUGAUGGGUGUGGGCAGCCUCACUCUGCAUGAUCCCCACCCCACCUGCUGGUCCGACCUGGCUGCCCAGUUCUUUCUCUCAGAGCGGGACUUGGGGAGGAGCAGGGCUGAGGCCUCUCGAGAGCUCGUGGCUCAGCUCAAUAGAGCCGUCCAGGUCUGCGUCCACACGGGAGCCAUCACUGAGGAUCUGCUGCUGGACUUCCAGGUAGUGGUGCUGACUGCCUCAGAACUGGAGGAACAACUGAGGAUAGGCACCUUCUGCCACCAGCACAGGGUCUGUUUCUUGGUGGCUGACACUCGGGGCCUUGUGGGGCAGUUGUUCUGUGACUUUGGUGAGGACUUCACCGUGCAGGACCCCACAGAGGCAGAACCCCUGACAGCCACCAUCCAGGACAUCUCCCAGGGCUCCCCCGGUGUUCUCACCCUGAGAGAGGCCGACAUCAGCAACUUCUGCGAUGGGGACUUGGUGACUUUCUUAGGCAUCGAGGGCAUGGUUGAGCUCAACGGCUGUGCUCCCCGGCCUAUCCGCGUGCGGCAGGACAGGACCUUGGAGAUCGGGGACACGAUGACUUUCUCCCGUUACCAGCGUGGUGGGGCUGUCAUUGAGGUCAAGAGACCCAAGACUGUGAGCCAUGAGCCCCUGGCUGUAGCCCUGCUCCAGCCCCGUGUGGUGGCCCAGAGUCCCCAGGAAGUCCACCGUGCCCUCUGCCUGCACCAGGCCUUCCGUGCACUGCACCAGUUCCAGGCCCACAAUGGUCGUCCACCCCAGCCCUGGCAUCCUGGUGAUGCAGAGGCUGUGGUGAGCCUGGCCCGGAACCUGGAACCACUACGAGGAACUCAGGGAGAAAUACUGGAAGAGCAGCUGGAUGAAGCCCUAGUGCACACAGUUGCCCUGAGUAGUGCUGGUGGCCUGAGCCCCAUGGCAGCCAUACUUGGUGCAGUAGUUGCCCAGGAGGUGCUGAAGGCAGUCUCUGGGAAGUUCAUGCCUCUGGACCAGUGGCUGUACUUUGACGCUCUCGAGUGUCUUCCAGAAGAUGAAGAGUCCCUUCCCAAUCCUGAGGACUGUGCCCCGAGAGGCUGCCGCUAUGAUGGACAAAUCGCAAUAUUUGGGGCUGGUUUUCAGGAGAAGCUGGGCCACCAGCGCUACUUCUUGGUGGGAGCUGGUGCAAUCGGCUGUGAGCUGCUCAAAGGCUUUGCCCUAGUAGGCCUGGGUGCCGGAAGUGGUGGGGGCGUGAUUGUCGCUGACAUGGACCACAUAGAGCGCUCCAACCUCAGUCGUCAGUUCCUCUUCAGGCCCCAGGACAUUGGUAGGCCCAAGGCAGAGGUGGCUGCAGAGGCUGCCCGUUGCAUGAACCCAGACUUGCAGGUGGACCCACUCACCCACCCACUAGGUCCCACCACUGAGCACAUCUAUGGGGACAGCUUCUUCUCCCGUGUGGAUGGUGUGGCUGCUGCCCUGGACAGUUUCCAGGCCCGGCAUUAUGUAGCUGCUCGCUGCACCCACUAUCUGAAGCCACUGCUGGAGGCGGGCACACAGGGCACCUGGGGCAGUGCUGCAGUGUUUGUGCCACAUGUGACCAAGCCGUACAGAGCCCCCGCCGAGGCUGCAGCUACUGAGGAUGCCCCCUACCCUGUCUGCACCGUGCGGCACUUCCCCAGCACAGUUGAGCACACCUUGCAGUGGGCCCGGGAUGAGUUUGAGGGACUCUUCCGACUAUCUGUGGAGGCCAUCAACCGCUACCAACAGGCACCCACUUCCCUGACAGACAUGGAUGGACCACACAUGCUGACCCUUCUGCAACCAGUGCUGGGUGUCCUGAGGAUGCGUCCACAGUCCUGGCAAGACUGUGUUUUGUGGGCCCUUGGCCACUGGCAUCUGUGCUUUCAUGAUAGCAUCAUGGAGCUGCUGAGGUGCUUCCCACCUGAGAAGGUGCUGGAGGAUGGAACUCCUUUCUGGUCGAGUCCCAAACAGUGUCCCCAGCCCCUGAAGUUUGAUGCCACACAAGACAUGCACCUCCUCUACGUGCUGGCGGCUGCCAACUUAUAUGCCCAGAUGCACAGGCUGCCUGGCUCACAGGACGGGACUGCACUCAGGGAGCUGCUGAAGUUGCUUUUACUGCCUGGACCCCAGCCUCUGGCCCCCAUCUUCACCAGUGACCUGGAGCUGACUCGAGCUUCUGCUGAGUUCGGCCCUGAGCAGUCAAAGGAACUGCAUGAAGCCCUGGAAGUCUGGAGCGUGGGUCCUCCCCUGGAGCCCCUGCUGUUUGAGAAGGACAAUGACAGCAACUUCCACGUGGACUUUGUGGUGGCGGCAGCUACCCUGCGAGCUCAGAACUAUGGGAUUCCACCAGCCACCCGUGCCCAGAGCAAGAAGAUUGUGGGCCGGAUUAUCCCAGCCAUUGCCACGGCAACAGCAGCUGUAGCGGGCCUGGUGGGCCUGGAGCUAUAUAAGGUGGUGGGUGAGCCGCAGCCUGGGCGGCCUCUCAGUGCCUUUCGCCACAGUUAUCUGCACCUGGCUGAAAACUAUCUCAGUCGCUGGGUACCUUGUGCCCCAGCCACCCAGACGUUCCAUCAACUGGCAUGGACCUGCUGGGAUCGCCUGAAGGUGCCUGCUGGGCAGCCUGAGAGGACCCUGGAGUCUCUGCUGGCCUAUGUACAGGAGGAACAUGGAUUGCAGGUGAGGAUGCUGCUGUAUGGCCCCGCCCUACUCUACUCUACAGGAUGGUCCCCUGACAAGCAGGCCCAGCACCUACCACUCAGGGUGACAGAGCUGGUGCAAAAGGUGACUGGAUGGGUUCCUAACCCUGAGCAGCGGGUACUGGUACUGGAGCUGAGCUGUGAGGGUGAGGAGGAGGACACUACCUUCCCGCCUGUGCACUAUGAGCUGUAAUGAGGCAGCAACCUUGCCACUCGGCUCUACUAAGCCCACACCUACAUCCUGAGCCCAAGCAGGCACUCAAUAAAUGUUUGUUGAAAGAA